AUGUCUUCUUCCUUGGACAUGUCACUUGAUGAUAGAAUUAAGAACAGGACUAACAGAGGCAGAGGCAGAGGUCGCGGCAAAGCCCUUUCUGGCCGUGGAAGUGGGACUCUAGGAGGUGGAAGAAGGACUGGUGCUGUUAAUGGUAGAAGAAUGACUGGUCCUGGUAACGGUGGAAGAGCAACUGGUGCUGUUCGUAGAGGCCCACUUAUGGUCAACACUCGCCCAUCAUCUUAUGCUAUUGCCAAGUCUAUUCGCAGAACCAAGCCUUUUCCAUGGCAGAGUGAUUUGAUUGAGGAUAGUCUUAGAGCUGCUGGAAUUCAAGGAGUAGAAGCUGAAACCAAGUUGUAUGUUUCCAACUUGGACAGAGGAGUAACCAAUGAAGACAUAAGGGAGCUUUUCUCUGAGCUUGGAGACUUGAAGCGCUAUGCUGUUCAUUAUGAGAAAAAUGGACACCCAACUGGAUCAGCUGAAGUGGUCUAUAAUAGAAGAAGUGACGCAUUUGCCGCUCUAAAACGAUAUAACAAUGUGCUUUUGGAUGGAAAGCCCAUGAAAAUUGAGAUUGUUGGAGCAAAGUCAGAAUUGCCUGUCACUGCACGAGUGAAUGUCACUGGGAUGAAUGGACAGAGGAAGAGGACAGUUGUAAUGACGCCUAGAGGUGGUCGAGGGGGAGGUCCUGCUGUGGUAAAUCGUGGUGCUGGUUGGGGUCGUCGAGGUAGCUCAAGGGGAGGUAGUGGCAGUGGCCGUGGCCGUGGCCGAGGCCGUCCUGGCAGGGGUGGAGGUCGAGGACGUGGAAGAAAGGAUGGAGUUGAAAAGUCAGCUGAGCAACUAGACAAGGAACUGGAGACCUAUCAUGCAGAGGCUAUGAACAUCUCAUGA